AUGACCAGUUCCGACGGCAUGGCUUGGACGAGUCGUACCAGUGCGGUUGACAAUUCAUGGACGAGCGUCACGCACGGGAAUAAUACGUAUGUGGCAGUCUCUCUUGGUGGAAGCAAUCGUGUCAUGACCAGUCCCGACGGGGAGAAUUGGACGGCUCGUACCGCUGCGGUUGACAAUUCAUGGAACAGCGUCACGUACGGCAAAGGAAAGUUUGUCGCAGUCUCUUCUAAUGGCGACAAUCGUGUCAUGACCAGUCCCGACGGAGAGAAUUGGACAAGUCAGACCGGUGUGCCAAUCGCUUUUUGGUUUGAUGUGACGUUUGGUGGCAACACGUUCGUUGCCGUGGCGCUUGAUAGCGACAGCCGCAUCAUGACCAGUUCGGACGGCGUCAGCUGGACCUCGCAGACCACUCCCGCGGCGAACAGCUGGCUAAGCGUGACUUUUGGCGCGAACAAGUUUGUGGCGGUUGCGAGUUCUGGAGAUGGUAAUCGAGUCAUGACUGGGUAA